ACUCUACGCACACUUUCUUAAAUGAAUAUUUCGUAGUUGCGAAGGCGAACGCAAUUGAGGAUAUAAAGUUCGCCAAUGUGUCGACAUAACGCUAGUUUUCUCAGCGGCGAAAGCGUCAAUGAAAUUUAUGCGCGUACGCUGAGCCGAAAGAUAGAGUCGAAUUCGCCUCGGCCACACUAUGCUUCCUCAUUCGCACCUGUGAUUUAAUCUUAUUUUACUUUGUUUUAUUCGCUCUUGUGCCCGAGUUGUUGGGAGAGUCCCGUACGAGGAUGGAUACUUCCUCGGUCGAAGAGGUUAGGAAAUUUCCACUUUCACCUCCUCUUCAGAAUGUUACUGCAAAAGAGAUUGGUCAGGGGCAAAAUGUUAUAUCGUAUCAAGAUAUAGCCACAAAAUUACUUAGCGAAAGGCUGCUUCUUACUGCUCUAGAGCUUCACAUGGAACUAUGCGAGACGGAUCGUGAAUUGCCAAUUUUGAAGGAUUAUUUUUCAAAUCCCAACAAUUUCGAAUGUUUAAAUAUGAAGUCAGAACCCUGUUUGUCAUUACCAAGGUCAUCCAGUCAAGCGACAUUAGAUUCUCUCGAUAUGACUAGAUAUUCCGAAGAUGGUGGUGGAGUAGAUGAAAGAGUUGCUGUACUUGAAUUUGAAUUGAGGAAAGCAAAGGAAAACAUUAAUUCGCUACGUGCUAAUCUAACCGUAGUAACAGAAUCUGAAGUAAGCUCUCCUGAUAAAAGUUCCGAUAAACACGGAGUCUUGGAGUAUCCUAUAAAGCCUCACGAACAACGAGCUGUUAACUAUCUUGUGAACGAGUACUUGCUAGCCAAUUCGUAUAAGCUGACUUCGAUCACAUUCAGCGACGAGAACGAGAAUCAAGACUUCGAAGAUUGGCAGGACGUUGGCUUAAACAUCCCCAAGCCUCCGGAACUAUUACAGAUUUACAGAGAUUUUAUGAGAUCGACGGGCUAUGAUAAACCACCUUCGAGUAGCAUCGCUGUACAAACCGAUGACGAAGAUUCUGAAAAUUUGAUAAAAGAAGCGGAGCUUAAUAAGUUAGUUAGUGAACAAGCAGAGGAGAUGGAGCGAUUAAAGGAGCAAACUAUUACGUUACAGCAAGAGAAAACGAACCUUCAGGAAAUCAUUACCAAUGCUAACUUAACCAGCGUAGCUACAGAGCAAGGCAGUUCUGGAACAAUUCAGACAUUGAAUUCGAGCUCAACGACACCUGAUAAAUUCGAAAUGCUGGAAUCGCCACCCCAGGAUGUGUCGUCUUCGAAUGCUGCACAGGAGAUUGAAGAGGACGACAGCACUUCUAUGGUUGUAAGCCUGGGCGAGACGGAGACGAGUGAACGUGAUUGGACCAGAAUACAUUUGACAAGGACAGCAGAUGCCUCCGACAGUACGGCCAGUAUGAUCAAUUCGCCAUCGAGGUAUCUGCCGGCGUCCUUCCGGCGUGAAGUACUCAGGCAAUGCCAGACCAGCAUCCCCUCGAGCGCCAUCGAGGUAAUCGAGGAGCCCCUCAAGGGUGGCAUAACGCGUGACACCAUCGUCGACAUUGCCACGCACACGCUGCCGCGUAUCGUAUCCAACGUCAUUCUGAACAAGCGCGAGGAGGUCAUACCGCUUCUGCUGAGCAUCGUAAAGCUGCAAAGCAAUUCGGUCGAGCGGGAGAAGUUGCUGCAGAUCCUCUUCAAUCUGCAGAAACGCCCCCAGGAGGAAGACAGGCAAAUGAUUGUCGCGGGUCUGACGGUGAUCGCGAAACUUGAAAACGAGCCGACGGACAACGAAGACGUGCUGAAUCUCUGCUGGGAGCAGAGCCAACACAAGUACCCGGAGCGUCGUUUACUGGCAGCCGAGUGCUGCUCCGCAUUGGCAAUCUACACGACCAGCAGCAUCAGGAAUUCCCUGAUGUUAUCCAUGCUCCAGCAAAUGCUACUCGACGACAAGGAAUCCGUGGUGAGGGUCACGGUAGUCAAGAGCCUCUCUCUCCUCGUUGCCCUUAUGGACGACCCGGACAAGUACUUUCAGUGCGAGGAGUUGGCUCUGACGGCCUUGGGCGAUGCAUCCCAGGAGGUCAUCGAAGCCGCCUACGUUGUUCUCGUACCGGUUCUCGCUCAGUGGGCGCUGUCUCUCAAGCGGUUGCAGUCUCACUUGCUGCCCCGCAUCCUUGCCAAGCUGAGAAACCUCCUGAAACCUUCUAGUUCACCGAGCAAGGACUACAUCGACGGCAACAGAGCGGCCGCUCACAUCACAGUCCUGCGCUACCUGUUGCCGCAUACAGUCAUUAGUGUUAUCGAUACCGAACCUGUUCGCCGCCGAAUGCAGGAGAGUCUCUCGUCCCAACUACCUCUGGAAUUUACGAAUUUGUGUUGCUCGUCUAUAGUCAAUCCAAAGAUCUUUUACGAAUGCGAAGUGGAUAUGGGAAUAUUGUUAAAUACGUUCUUUCUCAAUGCCUGGAAUGAUUACACGUGGCCCGAAUUAGACUGGUUGUCUGAAAAAUUAAUACUCGAUGUUAUUGAUAUAACAAAAUCUAUAAAUGCAGCGCAAGAAAAUAUCGUCAAUGAAUUACUUACAUAUCUUCAAUCCUUAUGUUUUGGUUUUGGAAAAUAUAUUACACAAUGUAAGAUUUUAACAUAUUUUAAACCUUACAUGAAUAGUUUGGAAAGUGAGCUUGCGGAAAACGACAGCAACCGAACUUUAACGAAUCUGAUGCUUAUACCAGCAUAUUUAACGAUACUCUCUACCAUUGAUAGCAAUGAAUUUAUCAAUGUUCUUAAGCACUAUCUUAUUGCAUUAUCGUUGCGCGAUGAAGAUUUAAGUGGCCUUCAAAUAGCGGUUGUGAAGUAUUGUGCUCAAGAUCAAUUACAAGAGCAUGUACUUUCAGGGUUGUGGGAUGGCGUUGUUCAUCAAAAAUCAAGUGUCAAAUGCGCAACCGCGUCCUUAUUUAACUCAAUAGUUUCCAAGGUUUCGAAUAAAUUAGUUGACGUGCGAAUAGCUCCAGCAAUUGUUACACUCGCCAAUGAUCCAGAUAUAGUCGUAAAAUCCAUCGCGGUUCAAGUACUGGGUAAGCUAGUGACGGAAAGCGAUGCGAGGGAAGCAAAGGAUAAGGCACGCCUAACGUUAGAGACGAUCGUUCGAGAUCCUCAAGGAGUUUCGCCCGAUCUGGCUGUGCCGUUGAUCCUAACUUUAGCCGCCGUAGCUCCUUAUUGUCCUCAGAAUUACGUUGAAGACGUGAUAGCUACUCAUCUAGCUGGAAUAGCAGCGUCCGCACUUCAACAGAGCCGGAGAGUCGACCUAGUUAACGCCUUAGUUGAAGCUUAUUCGGUUUUAGUUUACUGCACCUUGAGCAAUCAAUGCAUCGCGGGAACAGUUUUGCCAGGUCUGAAGUACCUCGAUUCUCUCGUGAAUCAAGUAACGCCUCAGCAUAAGGAAGUUAUGCGAUCUCUCCUGCGCGAAAUCGAGUCGAAGAAAGACGUGCCGAAACAGAUGGACAGGUCGGCGUCGAUGGGCAGCGGUCUUUCUUUAUCGGUAGCUUCGGUGAACGUCGGCCAGGGCGUCGAGGAUAUGCGCCAACGAGUCAGUAAGAUAUUCCUCCAGAAGACAAGCUCGCCGAGCAUGUCGAGCAUUUUUCGAAAGAAGUGAGAGACAGUGCGUUAAUUAC